AUGUGGCUGCUGCUGAAGAUGUUGCAGACCCUGCAGACCCAGCAGCAGCAGCAGCUCGCCUGUCACCUCUUGGCGGCGGGAGGAGCGGCGCAGCAGCUCCGUGGGUUUGGGCCGGCAGCUGCCGCCGCUGCUGCACGGCGUGCUGCUGAGCGGCUGCUCGUGCAGCACAAGCAGCAGCAGCAGCAGCAGUGGCAACGAGAGCAGCGUGCUGGCAGCCUAACCUCUCGCUCUCCUCCAGGAGCCCAUGAGCGCCGCAGCGCUCACCCCCAGCAAAGCGCUCCGCAGCGGUUGAGGUCCCCGUCGCCACCUGAGCAGCAGCAGCUGCAGCAGCAGCCGCAGCAGCUGCAGCAGCGGCAGCAGCGACAGCACGAAGACGCUCUUUUACCCCACAGUAGGGAACGCGACCAUUACACACAGCAUAGUGGUUGGGAUGAAAGAGAAAGGAGUGAGGAAGAGCAGCAGCAUGAGCAGAUGCAGCAGCAAAGCCAGCAGCCGUGGCAGCACCAUCAGCCGCUGCCCCCCAACGAAACGCAGCAGCAGGAAAGGCGAGAGCAGCAGCACCGCCCGAUCGACUACAGCUCUAGGGCGAGGAGCAAUCAAAUAAAAAGCGUGAGCAGCAGCAGCAGCAGCAGCAGGAACGGCUGUUGCAACGGGCAGCAGCGCCCGCACUCGCAGCAUAGCCAGCGGCAGCAGGAAGAAUGGCUGCAGGCCGAAGAGGAGCUGCGGCGCUGCCAGCAGCCACCGCGGCAGCGACGCGAUGCAGCAGAGCCACCGCUGCAGCAGCAGCAGCACGGCGACAGCCGGCGGUGGAGGCAGCAACCGCAGCAGCAGCAGCACGAGCGGCGGUCGCACGGCCAGCAGCAGCACCGCGAGCAACGACGCAGCUCGCUGCAGUCAGGACCCCACAGCCAGCACUCUGACUAUCACUUUUGGCGUCAGCAGCACCUUGAGCACGAAGAGCCGUACAGGCAAGAGCGGCAGCGGCAGCAGCAGCAGCAGCAGCAGCAGUACUGGAGGCGUGGGCGCAGCCCGGAAGGUCGCGAACGGGCGCACCGUUGCAUGCCACCGCCGCCGCCGCAGCCCCCACAGCAGCGGCAGCAGCAGCAGCGGCACCACCCGCGGCAGCCGCAGCGGGAACGAGACUCUUUGCUGCAGGAAGAAGAGCUGCAGCGGCGUAGGCAGCUGGGGCCAGAGCACCGCAGCAGAUUGCCUUCUAGGCGUAGAUCAGCUUCCCUGCGGAGCCAUUCUGCAGACUUUUAUAGAGAGAGGCUGUCGCCCAGGGGCUACAGGCACUACCAACAGCAGCAGCAGCAGCAGCAGCAGCAGUAUUACCAGUACUUUGGAGAGCCCGAGCAGCACGCUUACGGGCAGCAGCAGCAGCACCGGCAAAGACAGCUGCAGCAGCAGCAGCAGCAGCAGCACGAGCCGCGCAGCCACUACGAGCCGCCGUACCACCGUCGCCUGCCGCCUUCGCUGCCUCCUGAGCCCCCAAGACACUACCACUACCCAGCCUACUACCGGGAGCAGCAGUACCAGCAGCAGCAGCAGCAGCAGCAGCGCGACUACGAAAGAGGUGAGGAAGCGUGGGGACGCUACAUCGCCCGGCGGCACCCAAGCCCCCCCCCUGCUGCUGCUGCUGCUGCUGCUUCUGCUGCUGCUGAGGCAGCACAUGAGCACCAGCACAACGGGAGGCACCUGCGGCGGCAGCAGGGGGGAUAUGUCAGAGCUGAGUGGCCAAAGCACAGGCGACAAGACAGCCGCUACCUGCAGGGCCCCACAGCUGCUGCGGCUGCUGCUGCAGCUGCCCCGGGGCGCUCGCGGCAGAGGCCCCACUCUGAGGGGCGCUAA